AUGGCCUAUAAGCAAGCAGAAAACCUUCUAUACAAGUCAUCAAAGUUUUUGAGAACCAAGCAAAACAGAAUAACGCACCUGAGAUUCUUGUCCCAUGGCUGCUCAGAAGAAUCCCAUGAGCAAGAGCUUUUUCCUGCUGAAUGGUAUGAGAAUACCUUUCUGAGGCUAAAGAAAUUAGCCCAGUCAUUAAAACAUGUGGACUUGAUUGAUGGCAGGCUGGUUAAAGUUAAUGAGGAUGCAAGAGUGUUUGAUAGGAAACUUGAAGAAAAGAUGCUUGCUUUCAAGUCGCUAGCAAGAGAUUAUAUUGGUUGUCCAGCUAUGCAGGAGACAAUGAGGACGAAUGUGGUGAAAACAUUUGGAGAUCCACAAUGUGCAUUACCUAUGUACUUUGGUAAAUCAAGUGAAAGAGGACCACUCACUCUGAAUUCCCUAACCAAAAUUUCAGACAUUUUGAAUGUUUCAGCUCAGCAAAGGAAGUUGGUGAGGCUUACAGUAUGCCCACAAGUGACUCAACAUCAGAUAUGGGCAGGUGCAUUGGAGGAGGUACUGAAUGAGUUGAGAUCUGAGAUUGAUUAUCGAAUUCAGGAGUGCCCAAGAAAGGAAAUCAAAAUGGCGCAGCAAAUAGUUGCCAGUUGCCUGAAGUUUUUAACCGCUGCCAUCUCUUACGAUCCUGAGUCCACUUCAUGGAUGCGUAUUGCUCCCACAAAAGUUGCAAAGUCGAGCGAUCACCACAAAUGGGAAGAUGUCCUGGAGAUGGUCAUUGAUCUUGUUAAUUGCUUGAAUGAUCAGGAGGAAUUUGUUUUACAUGUGAAAAAGCUUGAGUCGAUGAAGGAAGGUCUUUAUCAAAUCAGGGAUAUUUUGAUAGAUAAGAGUAUUGGGUACAAAGAAAGUCGGCAUCAAGAAAGCCUAGUGCGGAAGAAACUAACCAAGACAUUGGGUCAUCCAUCUCGAUGCCUAUUUACACUUCUAUUGUAUUAUCUGUACGGAAGCGUGCUAGAUAUUGAAGUAGAAGUUAGAGGAGGGUGUUACCCUAUUGAAGGUCAAAACCAGUUUUGCUCGUUUAUGGGGAAAAUUUUGACUUCCAAUGAGGAAAAUAUGGUUUGGGGUGGCGUGAAGCAGCUUGACAGGGCUCUUGGGCUGUUUAAGUUUGUGUGGGAGACGGCAGGGAUGAAAGGAGAUUUGAAGCUGCAAGGCCAUUUAUGGUGUAUUGGAGCUGAGAGCAGGACAGUUACAUACAAAGGGAAUACAUUCUUACUUCAUGGCAUUAAUUACCUUCCCAAUGGACUUGAUUAG